UGUAUAUAUAUAUGCGGAGCUAAUUAUAUCUUAGUGCAGAAAUAUAUAUUUCACUUCAGAGCUCUCUAAUUAAGAGAUAAGUAUAAUAAUUUUGGCACCAAAAUCUGGUCAAAUAAUAUGGCAUCAACGACGAAAUUAUUAACAACAUUCUUGCCGAAAGUACAUAGCGAAGGUUGCUCCUUUCAGCCGGUACUGUUGCGGCGGCAGAGACAGCGUAACGGCACGAUAGCAUGCGGUAGUAGAGAUGCGAACGGUCGAGAUUACGGGGGAUCAAGGAUUGUGGAUGAGAACAUGAUAAUGCUUCGAUUGCGUAUUCAGGAGAUAAAGCAGUUAGAGAUUGAUGAAGCCAAUCAUAAAGAAUGUGAAAAUGGAUCAUGGCUUCGUUCAGAAUGGAUGGAGUGGGAAAAACAGUACUUUGAGUACUACAUAGAUGAUGUUUACGAAGGAAUAGGGUUGUUGCAAAAUUAUUUGAUGAAUAUUAGGCCUGCUUUGGCUCUAGGGUUUCUCCUACUUGUCAUGCUUAGUGUCCCUAAUUCUUCUGGCUUUCUUUUUUUUCAUAUGGUAGAGAUCGCUAAACAACUCCUCUCAUGAUUGUACAUGAUCUAGUCAUGAAGAUAUAUGGUGAAUUGUUAAAUUUGUGUUAUGUACGUGCAAGGUAUGUAGCUAAUUAAAACAAAUUAAUAGUGGAACUGAUUAAAUUAGAAUUAGUUGUCUAAUACUCUUAUUGUAAAAGUUAGUAACCAAUAUUUACGGUUAGUGUUAAAAGUCAUAUUGUAAAAGAGCAUUUCUAUUAGACAAUAAGGUGCUCAACACCAUUUAGACAUGGGGUGUUACAAGUGGUUGGCAUUGGCCUAUAUUAUUUAUAAAAUCAAAAUAUGUAGGACCUGAUAUUGAUUUAUGUUAAUAACAAUAUGUCACCUAUUGAU